UCGACUUUGCCCCUCUCUUCACAUUUCAACAAUUCAUCCCCAUCCACCCCCAGUUCUUAUUUUUUUGCGACACGAAUUAGGUUUUGUUUUUUGGCUGAUCAUACUAGUACAUUAAGAAUCUAUAAUUUGUUGCAACCAAUUGGAAAACUGAAAGAAAUGGCUGUGUGGAGACUAGGAUCAACUAAAAUGCGCCAUUCUUCUUCUUCUUCAAUGGCAAAACUAGGGUUUAUAAGAAAUAUAGUUACGAAUUGUAGAGCAGUUAUUUUACCACGAUUUGGUGGACCUGAAGUUCUUGAAAUUCGGCAUGAUGUGAAAGUUCCUGAUCUGAAACCGCAUGAAGUUCUUGUUAGAACUCGAGCUGUUUCUAUUAAUCCUCUUGAUACAAGGAUGCGAGCUGGUUAUGGCCGUUCUAUAUUCGGACCACUGCUUCCGUUGAUUUUGGGCCGUGAUAUUAGUGGUGAAGUUGCAUCAGUUGGAACUUCAGUCCGAUCUCUGAGUGUUGGGCAGGAUGUUUUUGGGGCAUUGCAUCCAACUGCUAUGAGAGGUACUUAUACUGAUUAUGCAAUUCUUUCAGAGGAUGAACUUACACCAAAGCCAGCUUCCAUUAGCCAUGUGGAGGCAAGUGCCAUUCCGUUUGCUGCACUGACUGCAUGGCGUGCUUUAAAAGGCACUGCUCGGAUCGCCGAGGGACAGAGGGUGUUGGUGAUUGGUGGGGGAGGAGCAGUCGGCCUAUCUGCAAUUCAGCUUGCAGUAGCUACAGGUUGCCAUGUGUCGACUACUUGUGGAGUUCAAAGUAUUGAUCAAGUUCUGGCAGUUGGUGCUGAGCAGGCUGUUGAUUAUACAAGAGAGGAUGUUGAAACUGCAAUUAAAGGACAGUUCAGUGCUGUUUUAGAUACAAUCGGUUUGCCAGAAACAGAAAGGAUGGGGGUCAACCUUCUCACAAAAGGUGGACACUAUAUGACACUGCAGGGGGAAGCAGCAUCCAUAUCUGAUCGUUAUGGAAUAUUCGCUGGAAUUCCUCUAUCUACAGGAAUUUUAUUGAAGAAGCAAAUGCAAUAUCGCUACACCCAUGGCAUAGAGUACUGGUGGACAUACAUGAGGGCGGAUUCUGAGGGGCUGGAUGAGAUCCGCAGGCUAUCAGAAGCUGGGAAGUUAAAGAUACCCGUGGAGAAGACUUUUCCGAUCACUCAGGUGAGAGAAGCUCAUGCGGCAAAAGACGAAAGGCUUGUCAUUCCUGGUAAGAUUGUUCUGGAAGUGGACUAAAUGGGAAGUCAACCACAAGGGCAGUCUAUUCUUUUUCUCCUUGUCUCCUCCAUCUUCUGACUGAAGCAUAGCGUCUUUAGGUUUUGCUUUUAUUGGUGAGCUGAACAAAGCUAUCUAGCACGGCACAACGUCAAUCACAUCGUUCAAUGUAAAGAAAAAAAAGUAAAGAACACAUCUGAUUUAGAAGAGUUGCUUAUAAAAUGUGUCAAAAAAUUUGACAAAUAAUGUAUCUGGUUCAUUCAUAUUUAGUCAGCUUAGUUGUUACAUGCAGUCCACUCUCUGUGUGCUAGCAAACGUUUUGUGUUAUAUCAGUAUUCUGUAAAGAAGUAAUGGUAAUAGACUGUACGACUUAGCACUUGCUGUGUGAAGUUCUUUCCUGCAAACAACUGAAAUGGUGACUAGACUUUGCUGU